UUCAGAUCUGAAAGUCCACCUGAUUCACUUCACAGAUAAGAGACCUGGAGCUCAGACAGGUCUGAGGUGGAGUUCCUCAGCCUAGGUCCCACAGCUGGAACCCCAGUGAGGAGGGCCGGGAGAGGUGGAGACCUGCCCCGAGGCCAGCUGCACACCCUGGCACCCCCAACCGGUGCGCCCACAUCCUCAUUCCAUUGGUGGCCAUGGAGAUGGAACCCCAGCCCCGGAAGAAUGAGAAGGAGGAAGCAAGGAGGCUCGCGCCUGGAGUCCCAGAUGAGGAAGUUGAGGCUCAGAGAAGGAGAGUGAUACACUCACGUCCUGUGAUUGGAGUGCGGGAACCAGGUGGCCCAUGCCGUGAGCCCCGGAGGUGCCGCCACCAGCAUGCCGUGGGACGCGCGGCGGCCCGGGGGCAGCGCGGACGGCGGGCCCGAGGGCGCGGGCGCGGCGCGCUCCCGAGCGCAGAAGCAGUGCCGCAAGUCGUCGUUCGCCUUCUACCAGGCGGUUCGCGACCUGCUGCCCGUGUGGUUCCUGGAGGACAUGCGCGCCAGCGAGGCCUUCCACUGGGACGAGCGCGGCCGCGCCGCCGCCUACUCGCCGUCCGAGGCGCUGCUCUACGCGCUGGUGCACGACCACCGGGCCUACGCGCACUACCUGCUGGCCACGUUCCCGCGCCGCGCGCUCGCGCCGCCCAGCGCCGGCUUCCGCUGCUGCGCGGCGCCCGGGCCGCACGUGGCGCUGGCCGUGCGCUACAACCGCGUGGGCAUCCUGCGCCGCAUCCUGCGCACCGUGCGCGACUUCCCGCCCGACGAGCGCGCGCGCCUGCUCGACCGGCGCGGCUGCACCCGCGUGGAGGGCGGCGGCACGGCGCUGCACGUGGCCUGCGAGCUGGCGCGCCCCGAGUGCCUCUUCCUGCUGCUCGGCCACGGCGCGUCCCCGGGCCUGCGCGACGGCGGCGGCCUGACGCCCCUGGAGCUGCUGCUGCGCCACCUGGGCCGCGACGCGGGAGCCGCCAGCGCCGCCGCCAGCACCGCCGCCGCCGCCGCCACCGCCACCGCCGGGACGCCCGCCGCGCCCGGGGAGCCCCGCCAGCGCCGCCUGCUGCUGCUCGACCUGCUGGCGCUGUACGCGCCCGCCGCCAACGCCGCCGCCGGCCCCGCCCGCCGAGAGCUGCUGGGCGACCGGCCGCGCUGGCAGCGGCUGCUGGGCGAGGACAAGUUCCAGUGGCUGGCGGGCCUGGCGCCGCCCUCGCUCUUCGUGCGCGCCAUGCAGGUGCUGGUCACCGCCAUCUCGCCGGGCCGCUUCCCCGAGGCCCUGGACGAGCUGCCGCUGCCGCCCUUCCUGCAGCCGCUGGACCUCACGGGCAAGGGCUAGACCUCGGGCGCUCCCCGGGCGGUGGAUUUUUGGGAAAUACUAUUUUUCAGAGCGUUGUACCCAGCACUUUACAUAUAUCGAUCUCUGUA